AUGGAAGAAGAGAUAGUGUUAAGCACUAUGACAAAGACAGAUGCUUCAGAAUCAUAUAGUUCUAACUCUACAACACAAAGGCCCAACACUGAUAAUAGGCCCAACACUACUAAUAGGCCCAAAAAGCAAAAUGGAAGUUGUUCAAGAUUCAAAGGGGUUGUUUACCAACAAAAUGGUCAUUGGGGUGCACAAAUAUAUGCCAACCACCACAGAAUUUGGCUAGGCACCUUCAAGACUGAGGCGGCUGCCGCGGCUGCUUACGACAGUGCCGCCAUCAAGUUGCGACACGGAAACUCCGGUGAAGCCCAUAGGAACUUUCCAUGGACUGGUAUUACAAUGUACGAGCCUAAUUUCCAAGCCCACUAUGCCACUGACCAAGUGUUAAAUAUGAUCAAAGAUGGGUCAUACCAAACUAAGUUUGGUGAAUAUUUGUCUUCCGUAUGCCAAGUUAGAAAUGCACAAACAAGUAACCAUAAUAAUAACCAAAACAAGCAAGAAGGGUACUAUUGUCAAGAACUCUUUAGGAAAGAAUUGACCCCAAGUGAUGUAGGAAAGCUUAAUAGGCUUGUGAUUCCAAAGAGGUAUGCUUUAAAGUAUUUUCCUAUUAAUGAUCGUGUUAGUCGAAAUUUUAGCUUAAGCGAAUUUCAAGAAGGUGAAGAUCAAGGAGGCGAUAUGGAACUAAUUUUCUAUGACAAGAAAAUGAGGAGUUGGAAAUUUAGGUAUUGUUAUUGGAAGAGUAGCCAAAGUUUUGUUUUUACAAGAGGAUGGAACAAGUUUGUAAGGGUGAAGGAAUUGGAGGCUAAGGAUAUUAUCACUUUCUACAUGUGUGAGUUGAAAGAAAAUAAUGUUGAAGAUGUUAAGAAGUUUUGGAUGAUUGAUGUUGUAAAAUGUUCAACUAAUAGUAGUCAUAAAUUGGAUAAGGAAGUUGUACAUGGAACUGAGAUACAAGAAGAGAAGGUAUAUAUGGUGGAAGGGGAAGCAACAAACACCAAGAAAGAUGCUGGAUUUAGGUUAUUUGGAGUCCAAAUAAAACCUAUACAUUGUGACCAAAAAAGUUAGUUUUCUAAUAAAUAUUUGCUACAAUUUUUUUUUUUUAGAUUUUGGUGUAUUUUACAACUUUUUCCGUUUUUCUACCCGCAACACUUUCCUAAAAGAAAAUUAAUUAAUUACUUGUAACACUUUUUAUUUUUUGAUUUUUUUUUCUUUCAAUCUCUCUCCAAUCACAUGGACCCUCUUUUUUUUUCUCUCUACCUCUCUCAUACCCAAAAAUAUAAAGUUUAGGAUUUAAUAAUAUAAUUAAUUAUGCUUUUCUUUUAUUAAAUCUCCAUCAAUUGACUUGGAGUCACUUGAUUCUGACUUGGUAGGUUAGGCUAUUCAUCUUACCUACUCAAAGAACAUAUAUACAUGUUGUAUAUAUCCCCGUUAUAUUUUGUCUGUCCCACAUUACUUGGUACACUUUCGAAAAGGGUAAUAUCCCACCAAUUUUACAUUACUAUUAUGAGACAUACAAUGUAUAAAAGUUCACUAUCGAUGAUGUUGAUAUGUUGAU